AUGUCCCCAUCUGAGUCCAAUCGUUCCCUCAGCCCUAUCGGCCAAAUGUACAGGAACGAGUAUUUGCGGGCAGUCAACAUCUGGAAGUCUAGCUCUCGCGACGAGGCCUACAUCAUUGUAGGGAUCUUCUUGCUGACCCAGCCGUUGGCAAAUGGCACCAAGAUGGCUUCCAUCUUCUCCUUGGCAACUCAGACGAUUCGCGCGCGGGAUCUUUACGAUGAGAUGUCCAAGGAAACUCUUCGAAUAGACCCGAAUAAGGAUGUCGCAGGACUCACUCAAUACCUUGAGAUGGCCGAAGUAAUGCUGGCGCAGCCUCUAUUGAAACCCAUGGCUCGAUAG